GAAGAGUAGGUGUUUUAACGUAUAGGCAAAAAUGUUUUCCAGUUCUACGCUGGGUGUCCUUUUUGGGGCAAUCUUGGUUAUCUCAUUGAUACCAGAUGCAACAUCGUUCACCAAAUACGGGAGGACAUGCAAGGACAUCGGGUGCAUGAGGGAUGAGAUCUGCGUGAUAGCCGAGGAUCCUUGCUCGAUCUACCAACGAGAUAACUGCGGUCGUUAUCCGACUUGUACAAAAGCUCAUCCAGGCGUGGCCAACUGUGCGAGCACUGUCUGCGGUGACAAUGAAUACUGCAAAACGGAGAAUGGUGCCCCAACAUGCGUGAGGAAAUCAACCGCAAUUGGAUACGAUUCGGCUGGAGUUUCGUACGUGAACGGGCAUCGAACCAACACCGAUGACGGCCACGAUAAGACCAGCAACAGCGCCAGCAAUUCGAAUCCUUACGCGAAUGCUAAUGCGCCACCCGCCCCUCCCGAACCAGCUGGAGGUGGAUAUCGUCAAGUGAAUUCCGGAAGCAAUUUAGGUUAUCCGGCGUAUCCUGGUAACAGCGGUUCGAACAGCGGAUAUCCACCUUCUCAGAGCAACAGUGGCUCGAACAGUGGAUAUCCACCUUAUCCUUCGACGAAUCAAGGAAAUCGACAACACGACCUGGGAUAUCCGCCGUAUCCGACGCAAAACCGGAUGCCCAUGCCUGGAUAUCCAGCAGCGAACAAUCCUGCGUACCCUCCGCAACCUGGUUAUCCGCACCAGUAUCCAGGUGUUCCGCAGCAACCGUAUCCUAAUUAUCCGUACUCUAAUUAUCCUCAGGGUCCCAUAAAUCACAAGAAGGUGUACUCCGGUUAUCGCAGGAACAACGCUGUCGCCCAGUCCGCGUCUUUAUUGGCCGUUUGUCUGACCAGCUUUAUUAUGAUCGUAGUCGCAAACAGACCGGGAAGAGUCAGACCAACACCACCCACUCCGCCGCCAAGGUCUUCGUCCAAUGGGUAUGGUGGAAGAAUCAGCGGUAACUCGGGAUCAAGGAACACUAUUGGGGACGGUUCUAUUUUUAAUCGCUUGUUCGGGAAUGAUCGUAUUUAUGGAACCCGUGGUGCAACUACUCCUAGAAGCCGAAUGCAACCAGGUGGUAGCGGCUAUUACGACACCCACACGUCCGUCGAUAACCAGGGGAAUCGAAUCUGGAGAUUUUCCGAGUUCAACGAUGGAGACAACAAGAUAAUAGCAAGACGGCAGAGCAGCAGUGACGUUCAAUCAUCGGCACCGGAAUCGUCGAGCUCACCGUCACCUAAAUCAGGAUACCCUUCUGGAAGUGGAUAUCCCAGUGAAUCGUCUAAAGCCUCUAGUUAUCCGUCUAGUUCUGGCUCACCUUCCAGGAGCAGCUCAUCUGGUUACCCGUCAAGUUCUGGGUACCCUAGCUCCCUAUACCCUGCCCUACCAGCAAGCGACGGUUAUCCCUCUAGAGAUAAUCCCUCAUCAGGAUACCCACCGAGAAGUUCUGGUUACCCAUCGGAGUCCGGAAGUCCGCCGCAAAGUAGUUCUGGUUACCCAUCGAGUAGCUCUGGCUAUCCUUCAGGAUCCGGAUAUCCCUCGAGGAGUUCUUCCGGUUACCCAUCGAAUUCAGGAUAUCGAUCAAGAACCGAUUAUCCGUCGCGCGGUAGUUCCUCUGGUUAUCCUUCAAGUUCAAGCGGCUAUCCUGCUAGUUCUUAUCCUUCCUCUCGAGGAUAUCCAUCGAAUUCUGGUUACCCCGGUAGUUCGUCGACAAACGAAGAAAGCGUUAGGCGCAUGGAUGCAAGCACGGUUAAUGCUGGAUAUCCUAGUCAGUCUUCUAGAAACGGCUAUCAGGGCCAAAAUUCAGGAUAUCCCGCGCCCUCUGGAUAUCCUGGACAAUCCAAUCCCUACGGUAAUCAGAAUCCUGGAUACAACCAAGGCUGGUAUCCACAAGGUUAUCCCCAAGGAAAUUAUCCUCAGGGGUACCCACAAGGAUAUCCUCAGGGAUAUCCACAAGGAUCACCACAAGGACCACCACAAGGAGGAUAUUAUCCGCCACCUCCUACUACUAAGAAACCAAGUUUCGGUGAUCAAUUAACUAAUAUUGCCAAGGAUCUUACUAGUCGAGUCCUAACUCAAGCUAUUCUAGAUAAAAUUACUGGGAAACACUAAUUCAAUUAGAUCAAUAUCUGUUAAGUCAGAGAAUUGUAGGAGAAUUCGAUAAUUAUAGCAUAUUUAAAUAAUAUUGCUUUCCUGUGUUGUUCACUAUCUACACUGUUAUUAUUCUAUCGUUACACAUGUAUAUUCUUAAAUAAAGCUCGCCAUUUACG